AUGCGGCCUCAGGGUGUGGGAGGAUGGGCUACCCCCACAGCCCACUUACUCGGAAUCUUGCCCCCCAGCAGUGCCCCUGGCUUGCCUUCAGCAUUCGGGACACCUGGGCUCCCAAAGCAAGGGCGUGGCCCAGGUCGCCAGUGCCCUCGCAGCGCCCCUCUGGCAGCCUGCACGCCCAACGCGGCUGGCCCAGAUCCCGCCCUGGAGGCCUUCGGGGGUCCGAUCCCAGGGCAUGCUGGCCGCCUGUGGGAGCAGCUACGGCAGUUCUGGGCCGACCACUUCUCGCGGCGCUUCUCGCCACGGCGGCCGCCUCUGCGCCGCAUCUCCUCCAUGUCCACCUUCUAUCUGCUGGACCACCACACACGCCAGGCCGAGCUGGGCCUCUGCUACGGCGCACCGCGCACGCGCCUGAGCGAUGAGGCCUUUGUGUUCCGCGGCGGCCGCUGGGCGGCCGAAGGCUCGCUGGGGAGGCCACGGCCGCCGCAGCCCUCGCAGACCGUCUCUGGCUUGAAGGCGCACGUGCAGCGGGUCAAGAGCCAGGUGUUGCUGGAGGAGAACAACUACCUGAAGCUACAGCAGGAACUGCUCAUGGACAUGCUGACUGAGACCACGGCGCGCAUGCACCUGCUGGAGAAAAAGCUCGACGCCGAGGCCAGCCCGGUGGCCGCGGCGCGCGCCUGGCAGAGGAAGCUGCACAAGCGCCAAAGCGCCAGCGGCGUGCUCAUGCUCGAGGCGCGCGCGCUCGAGGCGCGGUGA